GACGAUUCCUAACCAAAAUAAAUCAAGAAUUCUCCGACACGGCGAAGCACUGAAUUUCAUUUCAUAACCUUGCUAAUACUGUCACUGCAAUUUCACAACAUAAUUUUCGCUUAAACCCAGUAAUCUCAAUUUCGAUCUGGUUUUGUAUCCGUUUCACAGCUGCACUACCCAGCAUGGUCGUCUGCAAAUGCCGCAAGGCGACUAAAUUGUAUUGCUUCGUCCACAAAGUGCCGGUCUGUGGGGAAUGUAUAUGCUUUCCGGAACACCAAAUCUGUGUGGUGCGUACAUAUUCAGAGUGGGUAAUUGAUGGGGAGUAUGAUUGGCCUCCUAAAUGCUGCCAUUGUCAAAAUGAGCUUGCAGAAGGGACAGACCCUCAAACUGCUCGAUUGGGCUGUUUGCAUGUAAUACAUUCAAAUUGUUUAGUGUCGCAUGUUAAAAGCUUUCCUCCGCAAACAGCUCCUGCUGGAUAUGUCUGCCCAGCCUGCUCCACGCCGAUAUGGUCUCCGAAAAGUGUGAAAGAUUCAGGAUCACGUCUCCAUUCAAAGUUGAAAGAAGCAAUUAUGCAGACUGGUUUGGAGAAGAAUGUCUUUGGGAAUCACCCAGUACCGUUGCAGGGACCAGAAUCCCGUAGUCCUCCACCUGCAUUUGCUUCCGAACCCUUGGUACACACCUCUGGUACAGUUGAUAAAACUGCAGCUUCUUCUGCAAGACCUGCAAAUUUGGAUAUUUUGGAGAUAGAUGGAUAUAACUCUGGGACGUCAUCUUUACCCAUUCAUGAGCCUGAUUUUAUGAAAAACACAAGUCCUACUGGUCCUGGUGCAACCACUCGAAAGAGUGCUAUGCAAGCGGACAGACAAAACUCUGAGGUUCCAUACUACGCCGACGAUGAAGAUGCAAAUACGAAAAAGUACUCUCGAAGAGGUUCAUUUCGCCACAAGUUCCUCAGGUCAUUGCUGCCUUUCUGGUCUAGUGCAUUGCCGACUCUACCAGUAACUGCACCACCAAAGAAAGAUACGUCUCAUGGGGAUGAUGCCUCAGAACGCCGUGCAAGGCACCACAAGACUUCACGAAUGGACCCAAGGAAGUUGCUCUUAAUUAUAGCCAUCAUGGCUUGCAUGGCAACAAUGGGUAUUCUAUAUUACAGAAUUGCACGCGGUCUGGGUGAAGAAUUGGGUGAUGAUGAGCCACAAUGAUCAACCUAGGAUCGGAGUGAGUGAUACGGUUAAAACAGCCGAUGGACAAACCUCUAUUAAUUUUUUUGUUUUUAGCAGACAACACAAAAUCUUCAACGUGUAUUUUUUUUUUUUUUUUCGGUCUUAGCAAUAUUCGAUACUUGUCCAUAACCCCCUCUCUGUUCUAGCUGAGAUGUAUUGCCUUCUUCCUCGUUUCCACCCAAAAAAUUAUUGUGCAGCCAAAGCAGUAUUGAGCGAUUAAUCAUAUUGUUUGUACUUUUAGUGA